CUGAUCAUAAUUUCAUUCUUUGUGUUUAACUCGACAAGACAACCCACAGAGAUCCUUCUUAUCAAUCUGUCUCUGGCUGAUUUCCUAGUCUGUGCAGGCUACCAACCUCUUUUGGUGCUCAAGUUCAAAAAUUAUGGCGUAAGUCAAGUGUACAUGUCAUUCAUCGGCCAUAGCGUAAUAACUGCCUCCAUGAGUGGUUUAUUGGCUGUGAAUUUCGAUCGCUUCUCGGCCAUAUAUUUUCCUUACAAAUAUAUAACCUGGGUGACUGAAAAAAACACUAUUUCGCUGGUGACAAUUUCAUGGAUGAUAUCUCUCUCCGCUGGCUUGCUAAUUGUAAGCAACUUUUCAAUCGCCUUACAUAUCUUCCACUUGUACAUCAGCCUCAUAAUCGUGCUGGUUCCCCUCAUGUAUAGUGUCAUUUACAGAGAAGCAAGACCGCAAGCGCGACGCAUCGUUAGCCAGACUGCAAAUCAAUAUCCAUAUCGAAACAUUAUGGUCGACAGGGCCACUAGAGGGGUUGGGCUGGUACUGAUAACUACUCUGACGUGUUGGCUUCCGGGGAUUGUAUCUCCAGCGAUCGUUGCAUCUUUAAAAAACAAUGAAGAGAUACGGAAGGUCGUAUUUAAGUGUCUCACGGCGAUCUGUGCCAAUUCCUGCAUCAAUCCAUUCAUCUACGUUUACAAGUUUUCGAAAUUUCGCCGCAGUGUAAGGAAGUUGAUUCAAAGGGUUCUC